UAGUUAAUUAUAGUUAUUGUUUAGAAUAAUGCUUCUUCAAAAAGAGUCAUGGAUCAUACAGUAGCUAGCAAUAAAUCCAGUACCAAGGCCUGGUACUGGAUUUCUUUGUUUGGUUAUUGCUGAGCUGCCAGAAAGAUAAAUCAGCCCUCAGCACACAGACUCUCUACUUGGACCACCAUCUCCACCAUACGUAAAAUGAUUCUGCUGGUCCUAUUUGGGAAAUGGGAUCCAAGUCAACAGUGAAGCCUGAGAUAACAAAUGCAUUUUUCCCCCCUCUUCCUCUCCAGCCCUGCAUUUGCAGAUUACCUUUGUGCCUCUUACACUUGAUAGGCACUCAUGUUUCACCCAUCGUUACGGCUCACACCCGCUCACAGCUCCUGGCUCUUUUUCUAUUUCCCCCCACUUCAGCACCUCCUUCCUGCUCAUGCUGUCCCUCUAAAUUUCCUGGGGACUUUAUCUUGCCCAUUUCAAAUAGGAUUUCGACUCAAUUCGCCAUGCUUCAUGUCACUUUGCUGGCAAAUCCACAGUUGAUAUAGACACAUCAUAAAAACUGCCGCAUGAGCAAAAUAUGAUUUGUCAAAACUUUUUUUUCUUUCCCCCCCUCCUCGUGUUAUUUGUCAUUUCCGAGAUUUGUUUCUCCUUCCCAGUGCUCUGAUUCGUCAUGAGAGAUUGCCGCCCCGGCGCUGGGGCAGAUGGGGAGUGUCGAUCAAAGAGCGAUGUUGCCUUCGGAUUGGUGUUGAGGCGAGUAGGUGGUUUCACAGCGGCAAGUGACAGCACCUAUUAAUUUGGCCAUUUAAUUUUAAGUCCAACAGCGUCAGGCUCCACCACCUUCAAUCUCCCCCUGUCAUUCAAAACAAGCCUCAAGCCAACAGUCACAAACACACACGUAUACACACAUUCCCCAACUAGCAUGGAGAACACAAAAAAGGUUUUUAAUCUAAAGCUGAAACUUCUGUGAGAAUCCAAGAACCCAAGAAGAAGCCUUUAAAUCAAUCAGGCUUUUAACCUACCACAUUUUAAACUGCAGCUGCUGCAUCUUGGAGAUACUUAGGGACAGAUGCCGGGGUGCAUUUUCAAAUUGGGUUCCCUCAUCGUCAGCUAGAGGUCCAACAGACCCGAAUAUCUUGGGUAAUGACUACUGAUCCUCUCUCUGUGAAGCUCAGGAUUGGAGGUGGAGCUUUAUGACAGUAUCCUCAGUGAGAAAUGGACUGCAACAAUGAAAUGUGACACCACCGUAUAAAUUCAUGAGUUCUCGCUCUUUCUUUCUUCCGCACCUGAACUUUUGCUCCUGCUGUGAAUGCCUGCUCCCGUCACACCAUCAGCUGGGGGAUUUUCUUUUCUUCUGACAAGGUCAAACGUGUCUCUUAUUUGAUACAUACUUGGAAGACCUCGCCUUCUCUGUUUCAACGUUUCCAGCUAGAUUGAUUGCUCCAGUGCCAUAUCUGUGAAUGUAAUGAGAGCAGCACUGUAUGACUCUAUUCAUUCUCAUUCUUUUUUAAGUUCAUCUUAUCCUAAUUUGUGCAAGUUGUGAGAUUCAAUUUUUAGAAUGGAUUCUUAUCUAAGAAAGUGUCCCUAAGGCCCCCUUAUCCCUAAUGGAUUGUCAUUCUUAUGGGUUCCUAGGGCAAAAAUUUGAGGGUUAAACUUCACCUUUUAAAUCAUGAACUUUUAAUACCUUCGACAUUUAUUCCCUUAGCAUAAAAAAAUUGAUCUUUUGUAUAAUUCAUGUUGCUUAAAGCUUGUCAGAAUGAUCGACCGCCUCCCUUGGCACACAUUAAUUGCUGUCUGGCAGUCCAGCAGCUGAAGAUGUGCUGGCAGUGACACAGCUUUUGAAAAUACUGUGGACGGCGACCCAACAACUCCCUCUGCCACCUUUACUGUGGCAGCUGCUUCUGCACUGCCUUCAUUUUUAUGAUGGAGGAAAGGAUUUAGAGAGUGCAGCCCUCCAGAGUAGUUCCAGUCCGGGGAGAGACAUGUGGCCUGAUAAGUAUGGCUCUUGCACAGCAGCAUGAAAUGAGAAACUAUCCAUCAUAAAUCAUGAUGGCUGCUUGACAGAAUGGGAUGCUCCGGCAAAUGAACUUGUGAGUGUGCUUGCAGUUUUUGAAUGAAAGCAAAAAUUGUCAUAUUGAUGUUUUUCUUUCCUUAGGUAGCUGAGUGGCAUUUAUUUACUUUAAAAAAUAUAGAAAUAAAUAUUUGAAAUUAAGUUGCUCUUAGCCACUAGACAGUAGUGAAUUCUUGGCACAGAAAGAAUCCCCCCAACACUUACACAUCUGGGAAGGUUGCAUUUGUGAUUGCAGUUUGUAGGUCUAAUUUAAAAAGAAACAGAAGCUGCUAAGUUGUCUCUGUUCUGCUUGGUUAUCAGGCAAUAUCGUUAGGAAAGGUGUAUUUUUCAGUAUAACUGACUUUUUUUUAGCUUCUCUCAUCCUUUUAAAAUCUUCAGUGUCCCGCUCAGCUAAUGUCAGCCAGUCUUUGCCCACAAACAAAAUACUCUGACUGGGAUUAGAACAUGCAACUCUGCCCUCUGCUGCCCAGAUUUAGCGCUGAUCUGCUCACAGCACUGCUGCAUUUAGCUCUACAUCCAGCAAUGGGGAGGCCCAGAAAUAAUCCAAUUUUGUCCAUAUAUGAUUUUAGUCAGUAAGUUAAUCGGAUACGAGGAAAUAGCAGCGAGUCUAAGUCAGACCACAAUGCCAGUCUGGAAAGUUUCUUUCCUUUCUUAAUUGUAUUAAUAAUUAUGCUGAGGAUGUUACUCAGCCCACCUUAACAUUAACUGCAUCAGUGCUCUCAGGAUUUCCUGCUGUUUGACAUAUCUUGCUUCACAGGCUUUUUUCUCUUUUCUUCUCCUUCUGCUUAAUCGCAUCACAGUACCUAAAAAUUGAAUUCCAUUUCUGGGUUGUCUGCCACAGUCUGAGAUGGAUUUGAUGGGUUGAAACACAUUUUUGGGGGGGUGGGCAUGAGUCUGUACUGUGCAAGUUGGAAGCUGUGGCAGUGUGUGCCUGUCUAAUCUUUUUUUAGGAAGUCAUCUUAAUUAAAGGGUAAACUUAAACAGAUGUGGGCUGUUAUAUGUGAGGGGUGUUUGCAAUUCAUGUGGCGUUAAGCUUCUCCUUGAGGACUCGAGAACUUGAGAGGUAGUUGGGCUGUGGUGAGUGGAUGAGUUAGUCUGUGUUUGGCAGAAAUCCCAGCAUGCUGAGCUUGUUGAAUACACAGAGGGAGGUGUUCUGUAUCCUGUGACUACUCACAAAACCAAAUUAGAUGACAGAUUCCGGGUCUGUUGUAUAAAAUGAGUCUCCUCGAGCUGGCACAGCAAAAAAGAAGUGUGUCUUAGAGGCCAGUCAGCAUCGCAAAGAAACUGUUUUGACUGCCUUUAGAUGUUUUCCUUCUUGAAAUUUAAAGUGUGUAAUCGUUUACUUUAAAAGUGGCUCUUUUCUUCAUUUCAAAACAUUCAAAGUUGUUUUGUUUAAACAGAUACACCGAUAAUUAAGCAAUCAUUUAAUUCACGUCUUAUGUAAAACAAAAGAAAAAAAAAAAGGAAAAAAAAGCCAAACAUUUAUCAGGUACAGCAUCUCAGAUGUGAGUGAAGAUAUAAGAAAGUAAUAAACAAGACAGUGAGUGUCCUUAGGAUUUGGAUGACUGCUGAGAUGACAGCAGACAAUUUGAAGUGGUCCCUUUGGGCUCCUCGAAAUUAUACAUCAUUAUUCUGUUAAAACAGGAAACCAACAGGCAGACGAGUCAGUAAUAGAAAUAAUUAGCUUGAUGUGUGAUUUAAUGGAGCUCCAGGCUUAAAAUGCAAGUUUAUUCUGUCUUAAAGGCGGUGACUUGUCUCAUCUCUGUGUUUGCAGCUUGCAUUUUGCAAGAAAACAGUAUUUUUGUUGUUUAAUAGGAAAGCAAAUAAGCGUCUCUUGUCACCUGUCACCUGUCACCUGAAACACAGAGGGUGUAAACUAAUAUGGAAGAUUGGGACCGCAGGAAAUCUCACUGAGUGAUAUCAGAGAAACCAAUCUUCCCAUUUUAUGCUCUAUGAAAACCUGUCUCCUUGAAAAUAUGUCAUGCCUGUCUGGGUCUUCUGCGCGGUGGUCCACAUGAGGGCACUCUUGCUCUCUGCAAAGCAGCUCUGUAACCCAAAUGGAGGCAAAGAUUAAAAACAAAACAAACAACAACAAAAAAAACCCCCAACUAUUAGAUUUACUAGAACCUGAUCUAUGUGCCAAGUCAAUCACCGCAAGUUUUCACCGCAAAACCUGCACUUUAAUGUGUUAAGGUUGCUUUGUGUCGUUCGCAGCUGUUUUGCACACCACCUGGUGUCUGCGAAUACUUGUAAGGCAAAGCCCCAUCACUCCCUGGACGUUUAUCAGCCGUCACCUUCUUUUCUACCACAAGGGAGGGAAAGAGAAGCGGGAUAUCAACCAGCCGAGGCUGGCUUCUCCCCUUUUUUUCGGGUCCGACCGGGGUGCUCGAGUCAGCCUCCUUGUAUUUGCAUCAGUUCGGGAUCAAGUUGGGAAAGUGUGGGAACUGCGUUGCUGCAGGAUCGUUGAGACCCGACCGGCGAGCCUGAAAGUACGUGCCAUGCAUCCUGAACACAGAGUGAUAUUUUUUUUUCUUUCUUUCAACUGAACCAGAGCGUCGUGUAAUCGAAUCACUCCAGCCAUAGCGGAUCGACCUGCUCGAACUUUUUUGUAUAUGUGUGUCCGCGCGCGCGCAUUUAUUGAUUGAGAGCAGAGCCAAGUUAUCCCUUCUUUAUUUUAUGACAAGCAGUCGACAUGGCGUCACUGUAUCAGAGAUUGACCGGCAAGAUCAACACGAACAAAUCCUUCCCCAACCCUCCAGAGGCGAGCCACCUCCUCGGGCAAAGUGUGGAAGGGGAGAGUGCGGCGCAGAGCCAACGAACCCGGUUUCAGCAGCACGGCCGGCGCUGCGAGGACGAGGAUGAGCUGGUGGGCAGUAACCCUCCGCAGAGGAACUGGAAGGGAAUAGCGAUCGCCCUUCUUGUCAUUCUGGUCAUCUGUUCGCUGAUCGUCACCUCCGUCAUCCUGUUGACACCAGGUGAGGAUGACCGUCUGGCUCUGAAGGGCAAGGUGUCAGUUGGAGACCUCUUUAGGAAGGAAUUCAAGGUUCAUGACCCAAAUGCCAAAUGGAUAAGCAGUAAUGAGCUGCUGUACCGCAAUCAGGACGGCGACGUCGUCAAGUUCAACGUCGACACCAACGAGCAAACCAUCUUAGUGCAUAACAAGAAAUUUGAAAUGUACAAAGCCAGCAAGUAUGAGGUCUCUCCUGACCUGAAGCAUGUGCUGCUGGCCUACAAUGUUGCACCGGUGUACCAGUAUUCCUACACGGCCUUCUACAUCAUCUGCAGUCUGGAAACACCGGAAACGUGGAACCUGAACCCUCCAGAGGUGCGAAACGCUCAGCUUCAGUAUGCAGGCUGGGGACCCCAGGAUCAGCAACUGAUCUUCAUUUUUGAAAACAACAUCUACUAUCGGUCUAAGGUGGAGAGCCGUUCUAUUCGUCUGGUAUCUACCGGUAAAGAAGGUGUCAUCUUCAAUGGGCUCAGUGAUUGGUUAUAUGAGGAGGAGAUUUUCCAGUCCCACAUUGCCCAUUGGUGGUCUCCAGAUGGUGCCAGGUUAGCAUACGCCACCAUCAAUGACACCUUGGUGCCCAGGAUGGAGCUGCCAAUGUUUACAGGCUCACCCUACCCAAUAGGGAAAGAGUACCAUUACCCUAAGGCUGGAGAGGAAAAUCCAGUCAUCACUCUUUAUGUCGUGAACCUUAACGGCCCUCUGCACACCAUUGAAAUGAGGAGGCCUGAUGAUCCCAGGAUAGGUGAGUACUAUGUGACCAUGGUGAAAUGGGCCACCACCACCAAACUAGCCAUUAAUUGGCUGAACAGAGCACAGAACAUCUCAAUCCUCACACUGUGUCAGGCUACAACGGGAGUCUGCACUAAGAAACACGAAGAUGAAAGUGAAGGGUGGCUCCACAGGCAGAAUGAGAAGCCGCUCUUUUCCAAAGAUGGUCUGAAGCUGUUCUUCACACGGGCCAUUCCUCAAGGAGGCAGGGGCAAAUUCUUUCACAUCUCCAUGUCCAUCUCCCAGCCCAACAUUAGUACAGACACACUGCAAUCUAUCACAUCUGGAGACUGGGAUGUCACUCAAGUUCUGGCCUACAACGAGGAGAACCAACUAAUAUACUUCUUGAGCACUGAAGAUGGUCCAAAGCGACGGCAUCUGUACAGUGCGGACACAUUUGGUUCAUUCAACCGUCGCUGUCUGACCUGCGCCUUGUCCAACAGCUGUGGAUAUAUCAGUGGCUCCUUCAGCCUCAACAUGAGCUACUUCCUGCUCAACUGCCAAGGGCCGGACAUCCCGUUUGUGGCUGUUUACAAGACACAGAGAGACACAGAAAGUGAGACACAAGACAGAGAAAGUAUUGUAGAAGUCUAUAAACUGGAGAGCAAUGAGAAAGUGAGGCUGACCUUGGAGUCCAUGCAGAUGCCCAUAGUGGAGUACAAGGAGAUCAACAUGGACGACUAUACCUUGUCGAUGCAGAUCCUGAAACCAGCUGGCUUUGUCGAAACGUCACACUACCCUCUGCUCCUGCUUGUCGAUGGGACACCUGGUGACCAGAUGGUGUCAGAGCAGUUUCACUUGGAUUGGGCCACGGUGCUGGUGAGCAGCUUCGGCGCCAUCGUGCUGCGUUGUGACGGGCAAGGCAGCGGCUUCCAGGGCACCAACCUGCUGCAUCGGAUCCAGAAGAAACUGGGCGUGUUUGAGGAGCAGGAUCAGAAGGAUGCACUUAAUUUUAUUCUAAAGGAGCCCUAUGUUGACAAAAACAGAGUCGGAGCAUUUGGAAAGGUGUAUGGAGGCUAUGUGACCAGCCUGUUGGUCAGCGGUGAGGAAUCUCCUGUAAAAUGCGGCGCUGUCCUCUCACCCAUCACAGAUUUUGAAUUGUAUGCUUCUGCAUUUUCUGAGAGAUACCUUGGACUGCCCAAACCUGACACAAGAGCAUACACGAUGGCAAAUUUAGCCCACAGAGCGUCUCAGUUUAUGGAUAAGAAGUUUCUGAUUAUCCAUCCUACAGCUGACGAAAAAGUCCACUUUCAACAUACAGCGAAAUUCAUUGCCCAGCUCAUCAGUGAAAAGGCCAACUACACCCUACAGAUCUACCCAGACGAGGGCCACUUCAUCCACAGUGAAGCAACGAGGCAGCAUCUCAGUCAGUCCUUGGUGAACUUCUUUGAGGAGUGCUUCAGGCUACCAGAAAGAGUGUUUGAGGAGGCUCUGGAAGAAGAGAUUGAAGAUGAGGGUUAGACUGGCCUCAUAGGGCUCCUCCUGUGCCCCAGAUCCUUCCAACCCAUCUGGUCAUCUACCUCCCUCCAUUCUGUCCCUGGUGUCCACAGUAUGCAACUCUCAUUUGUCUUUGGUCCAUCGUUUUCCUCCCUGUGUCCACACACUGCACCUGAGACUGCCUUUUUCCAGCAGACAACACAUUUGAUCCUCCACCCAUUCUUACUCCCUUCCCUCCUGCCCCAAGUUGGAAUCAAAAAGGCUCGUGAGAGCCAGUAAAGACUGAUGACCUGAUAUGAAGUCUGGGAAAAUACUGACGGGAAGCAGUCUUCUCCACAACAGGGGAAGGACCAGCUCCUCAAAAGCAGUGGAGAGAAAGCAUCAGCUCUCACACAGACUUAAAGCUGUGAGGAGAAGGAACACUUUAUAGCACAUAACUUGUGGGCUUGUAUAUUAAUGAAAAUCAGACCCCUGGUGAAAAACGCUAACUGGCAUUGGUCAUAAAUGGGUGUCUGGAAUAGUGGGGAUACAGGAAAUGUUACUAUUUUUAAAGUUGUGAAGAACUUUUCAUGUUGGACUGUGAUUGUGUCUGUUGUUCUUACAGUAUGUAAAAUAGCACACAAGCAUUCAUCCAGCUAUAACAUGUUUUUCUUUUGGUACUCAUGUUUGCCCUGAUGUUAGUUUUAUCUUGUAAAUUUCAUUUUACGUAUUUCAGUGAUGCUGACAGAAUUCCCUGUUUUGAAAACUAUUCCAAGAGAAAAAAUACCUUUAUUUAUCUGACACAGUUUUAUUGUGACGCUCGCGGUU